CGUAAAGUCACUCAAUUACGGGUGUAGAGAGGCAUAAGUAGAACAGACGCCGUGCACCUAGUAUCAUUUACCUGCCUGUGCAGUCAAUAGUUUCUGACCACUCGGUACUAUUCCUAAUUUUUUACACUGUUUAUCACUGCCACGCCAGAGCGAGCACCUCCAACUUCCCCCGACUCCAUCACCACCCCACAGCCAUGCCGACUCCUACCAACAUUGAUCCCAAGGAUGUUCAAGCGUAUUUUGCCAAAUAUCAGGGCGACAAGUAUGUUGAGGGCUGGGCGGCCCUCUGGGACAAAGGUGAUAAUUUGCCCUGGGAUCGUGGCUUUCCCAACCCCGCGCUAGAAGACACCCUGGUCCAGCGAGCUGGCACCAUUGGCGGGCCCAUCGCCCAGGACGGUCAGAGGCGGAAGGCCCUGGUGCCGGGCUGUGGACGUGGAGUCGAUGUACUCUUACUGGCGAGCUUUGGGUAUGAUGCCUAUGGCCUGGAGUGCAGCGCCAUGGCUGUUGAUGCGUGCAAGAAGGAGGAGAAGGAGAACCAUAGCCGGUACCGUGUGCGAGACGAGAAAGUUGGGAAAGGGAAGGUCACUUUCGUCCAAGGGGAUUUCUUUGAUGAUACCUGGUUGAAGGACAUUGGAGUACCUCGAAAUGGAUUUGAUGUUAUAUAUGAUUACACGUUUUUCUGUGCUCUGAACCCAGAGCUCCGUCCUAAAUGGGCUCUCCGACACACCGAGCUCCUUGCUCCCUCACCUGCAGGCAAUCUGAUCUGUCUGGAGUCUCCUCGUCAUAAGGACCCCUUGGCCCCUGGCCCUCCAUUUGCCUCUCCCUCCGAGGCCUACAUGGAGCACCUGAGCCACCCCGGUGAGAAGAUCUCCUACAACGAUAAGGGUCUUGUCGAUGCGGAUCCGUUGCGAGAGCCCAGCAAGGCGGGCCUGGAGAGAGUGGCGCACUGGCAGCCAGAGCGCACGCACACUGUGGGCAUGGGUGAGAAUGGGGUGAUCCAUGACAGAGUCUCUAUUUGGCGUCGACGUGACUAGAAAUGUGCCUGAGCAUUUGUGUGACCCAAAAAGGGAGAAAAUGUAAAUGGAGAAUAUGGGUGAUUUUGGAGUCCAGCCCUGGAUUUCAAAGACAAGUUCCUAGACGCUAAAGUGACAGUCGACAUGAAGGGGGCCGGGAUGCAAAGGGCGCUUUUUUUUUUAAAGAAAAUGCAAAUAGGGAACAUAUGCACUGGAAGGAUUUCCUCAACUCCACAGUGGGAUCCUGUUUCCAAUCGUCGCAUGAUGCAAAGUAAGCCGAGAUUAUAUCUAUUGUAGACAAUUAUUGUUAUUAUAUAUAAUUCAUGGUAUUUC